GUUGAUGCAUGCAAAGUCUGAGCAGGGGAACGCAACCCUGGUAUGUUUGGAGAACAGCGCUGCAAGGUUUGGCCAGUGUAUUUCUACCAAAACGCGCGCACACAGGAAUUGUAUGAAAUUGGUAACUACAGAACGUUACCUUCGAUUCGCUGUGGAAAUCGAGCAGUUGAAGGGAUAAGUACGCUCCCUUUUUUUUGGUUGCUAUGGCAGCCAAGGCAUCGAAAGGGAAGUGGGGGGCCCUGAAGGAGCACCUGACCAGCAGCCCCCCCGACCGAGAUGCUCACCUUGAGGCCAACUUGGAGAACUCAGUUCCAGAGCUAUGCAUACGACUGCUACAGGUACCCACAGUGGUCAACUACUCAGGGGUGCGGAGGCGUCUAGAGGGGAGUGACCAGGAAUGGAUGGUGCAGUUCCUGGAGCUCAAUGGACUGGAUCUGCUGAUGGAGGCCCUGGAGAGGCUGUCUGGCCGGGGUUGUGCCCGCAUCGCUGACGCCCUCCUCCAGCUCACUUGUGUGGCCUGUGUGAAGGCAGUGAUGAACUCCUCAGCUGGGCUGCACUUCAUACUGGACAAUGAGGGAUACGUCAGGACCCUGUCACAAGCCCUGGACACGUCCAACACCAUGGUAAAGAUGCAGGUCUUUGAGCUGCUGGCGGCCCUCACCUUGUUUAACCCACAGGGACACCACCUGGCCAUGGAUGCCCUGGAGCACUAUAAAAGUGUGAAUAUGCAGCAGUACCGCUUCAGCGUCAUCAUGAAUGAGCUGCAUGCGACUGACAAUGUUCCGUACAUGGUCGUCCUCAUGAGUGUGGUCAACGUGAUCAUCUUCGGGGUAGAAGACCUGCGGAAAAGGGACAAACUACGCAAAGAGUUCAUCGGGCUUCAAUUACUACAAUUACUUCCAAAACUUAGAGAGACCGAGGAUGUGGAUCUGAACAUCCAAUGUGAGGCCUUUGAGGACACCAUGGCAGAGGAUGAGGAGGAGAUGGAGAGGGUGUACGGGGGCAUCGACAUGAGCAGUCACCAGGAAGUCUUCACCACACUCUUCACCAAAUUGAGUAGCUCCCCUGCAUCGGUGCAGCUGCUGUCGAUCCUGCAGGCUCUGUUGUUGGUAGGUCCGGAGCAGAGCGAGGUGUGGCUGGCCCUGGAGGCCCUGGCUGACCGCGCUACUUUGCUGGCACAGGACCCUGAUGUUGACUCCACCAAGCGCCUGAUGGAACGUCUGGUGUCCUCCAAGGGUCAGCAAGGGUCACCUAAGGUCAAGACCACAGACCGGGGCGUUCAGAUUGACCGAUCAAUCUGUCCAUCAGAUGUCCACAUUAAAGAAUCUACCACCCCUGUUGCCACUUCACCACCUCCUCAUCUACCACCACCCCUACCAAGCGUGAGAACUUUUGUCCCACCACUUCCUGGCUUCUCUGGGAUGCCUCCCCCUGGCCUCCCUCCUCCGCCACCACCUCUACCACAGAUGGGGCAUGGAGGUCCCCCACCCCUGCCUGGCAUGAUGGGUCCACCGCCUCCCCCACCCCUGCCGGGCAUGAUGGGUCCACCGCCUCCCCCACCCCUGCCGGGCAUGAUGGGUCCACCGCCUCCCCCACCCCUGCCGGGCAUGAUGGGUCCACCGCCUCCCCCACCCCUGCCGGGCAUGAUGGGUCCACCGCCUCCCCCACCCCUGCCGGGCAUGAUGGGUCCACCGCCUCCCCCACCCCUGCCGGGCAUGAUGGGUCCACCGCCUCCCCCACCCCUGCCGGGCAUGAUGGGUCCACCGCCUCCCCCACCCCUGCCGGGCAUGAUGGGUCCACCGCCUCCCCCACCCCUGCCGGGCAUGAUGGGUCCACCGCCUCCCCCACCCCUGCCGGGCAUGAUGGGUCCACCGCCUCCCCCACCCAUGCCAGGCAUGAUGGGUCCACCGCCUCCCCUUGGUGGCGAUGAAAUUAUAGUGGCCCAGAGUGUGCAGAUGCGAUCCUGCUACGCCGUUUCACCCAAGGCGGGCCGCUGCCCCACACUGCGUAUGAAGAAGCUCAACUGGCAGAAGCUGCCAUCCAGAGUGGUGACUGAUAGUCACUCCAUGUGGACCUCGGGACAGGUAGAUUCUCUGGAGCCUGACUACUCCAGUAUUGAGGAGCUCUUCUGUCUGCCAGUGACUGACUCAAAAGCCAAAGGCAGCACCCCUGCAGUUAAACAGGAGCCCAAAGAGAUUUCUUUCAUUGAUGCCAAGAAAAAUCUUAACCUGAACAUAUUCUUGAAACAAUUCAGAUGCUCACAUAAGGACUUUGUGGCCAUGAUUCAAAAAGGUGACCGGUCCAAGUUUGAUGUGGAGGUGCUGAAACAGCUGCAAAAGCUACAACCAGAGAAGCAUGAGAUUGAGAACCUGAAGUCCUACCAGGGAGAGCGGGAGAAGUUAGCUGGUGUGGACCAGUUUUAUCUCCAGCUCCUAGCUGUUCCAUGCUACGCUCUGAGGAUCGAGUGCAUGUUGCUGUGUGAGGAAAUCAGCUCAGUGUUACAGAUGAUGCAGCCUAAAGUUAAGCUGCUGGACGAGGCCUGUGAGAGUCUGAGAGUGAGCACUCGACUGCCAAGCUUCUGCAUGCUCAUUCUGGACGUUGGAAACUUCCUCAACUAUGGAAGCCACACAGGGAACGCUGAGGGCUUCAAGAUCAGCACACUGUUGAAACUCACUGAAACCAAGGCCAAUAAAAGUCGCAUCACGCUGCUCCACCACAUCCUAGAGGAGGCUGAGCAGAACCAUGAUGACCUGUUGAACCUUCCAGAUGAUCUAGAGAUCUGUGAGAAGGCUGCUCGUGUGAAUUUGGAGACUCUCCAGUCAGAGGCGAGUUUGCUCAUCAAGCGGUUGAAAGAGUCAGAGAAGAAAGUGGCUUCCUCCUCUGUGGCGGCCAUCAAGGAGCAGUAUCUCACUGCCAUACAGGGAAGCCAGGAGGCCUGCAGGGAGCUGGAGGCGAGGUUUGCCUCCAUCGACAGGAAGAAGGAGGAUCUGGCACAGUAUCUGUGUGAGGACUCAUCCCGUCUCUCCCUGGAGGACUUGUUCAGCACUUUACAUUCCUUCAGGGGACUCUUCAUCAAAGCUCUCAAGGACAAUCAGACCCGCCGAGAGCAAGCGAUUAAGGCUGAGAAGAGGAAGAAACAGCUGGAAGAGGAGGAUUCCAAGAGACCAAGGGGGGAGAACAGGAAGAUAAUUCGUAAAGCCCCCCCGGUCCAGGAGGGCUGCAUCAUUGACCACCUGCUGUCUGACAUCAAGAAAGGCUAUGCGCUGAGGAAAACCAAGCACCAGGCCGACAGAACCAGCCUGCCUUCUGAGGACAAGAAAGGGGACAGCAUUCAGCCUGGUGAACAGUGCACCAAGCUUCAGGGAACAUCUGCUAUAGAUGCCAAAGAGGAAGUUGAAAAGGGGACUUCACCCAUUGACCUUGGACAACAAAGCGGAGAUCCGGUCGUAGUGGAGUCCUCCUCCGGCCUCCUCACAGACCCCUCCCUUCAGUCGAGUUCUCCCAAAACAUCAGGCCCCUCAAACUUUAAUACCACCACCAAGGAUCACAUCCAGAGUGAAGACCUCAACCCUGGGAUGGAUUCCUCUACUGAGCUCAAGGAGUCCCACCAGCUCAAGGAGUCCCCAGAGGGGGAGGGGUUUAAGGCCGCUGAAUCCAAGGUUGAGAAUGUGAACAGGAAUGCAUUCUCAGCUGCUGGGGGUGGUCCAAAGAGCAGAGAUGCAGAGACCGAUGGGAACAGAGAGAGUGGAGCUGAUGGAAAUGGGUUAGAGGAGACUCCAUCAUCCGAGUCCCCCUCAACCACAGCUGAUGUCGGCGCAGAGUCCAAACAUGCACAGAAACAGGGGAGUACUAAGAGACAUGGCAAAGGUGGACACAAAAAGAAGGAUGAGCCCAAAGGCAAAAAGAAGCAAUGAACUUUGACUCCAUCUUCCAGUGCUCUGUUUUAGAUCUGCCAAAAUAAUUCUAUGGCAUAACAUACAUUUUUAUACUGUACUUACAAAUAUCUGUCAGCCAUGUUUUUCUCACUGUUUUCAAAAGGAGUAGGCCUACCUAUGGAACUUAGGUUUGUUUUUCAAAUGGAGACCUGCCUUAUUACACCCAUAUAGAGGGGUCUUUGUAUUAUUUACUACAUCAAUAAAAGGUCACGUGGCAAUGAUAUCACAGAAACCGCUUGGCAACCAACCACUGCAUCAUGAUGAUGGGACCAUUUUGCACUUCAUACUUUCAUCAUCGACCUUCAAUGUAUUGGGCACAGUUUCAUUGAAAUAUGAUACAUUAUUUUAAGAAAGUCAACAUUUCUAUGUAUAACAUGUUAUGUGGACUUGUUGAUACAGCCACUGUCAUUUCAUUUGACAAAUAUAGGGCCUAUUUAGCCUACAGUCAGUAGGAAUAUUGGUUCAUGAUCAAUUAAGUAUUACAUAUUGACCAUAAAAAUCUCACCUGUUUUCAGACAUGGUACCAGUUAUUGUUUCUUUUUUUACACUCUUUGCAUUCACACAAGCACAAUUAUCUGCAUUGCAAAUAGAUUGGAUAAUCAGAAAUGUAAUGUAGGCUAUUAUGAAAAUACAAUACAAUUAUACAUUUUGCUUUUAACCACACCAAAUUAGGUUGUACUAUAUUUAUGUGUAAUAGGGACAGUAUGUUCACAGUUAAAAGUAUUGCAUUUUGGGUACAUUGGUCCAACACAGUGCGCACGUAGUUUCAUCCGAAGGAGACUUGGAGAAUGAUUAAAACUGUAUUUUAAGACGGUUAAAUGCUCUACUAACAAAAAAGCUGUUAGAAUUGUAAGUAUAUGCAUGUCCCUUAAGGUCCUUGUGUAAUUGUAAUGUGAUAUUGUACCCCCUUGCUCGAUUGUCUAUUGUUUGUAAUCUAUGUAUGCUUGUGUUGCCUCAUGUUCUUUAUGUAUUGAUUUGAUAUUAAUAAAAAAAAAAUGAUUCAUUGAAA